AUGCUGACAUCUUUGGAGAUGAUUGAUUCACCCCGUCUGGCCAGAGAGGAGAGAGGAGAGGAGAGCGAAGCUGGAGCCUCCCUGAGGCUGCAGCUUCCUGCUGCCCUGCCAUGGCACCACCACACUGUCACUUCAGCGGUGAUGGAGCCCCCAACCCCCUCACCCCAUCCAAGUCCCUCAUCUCCUGUCUCCAGCAAGCUGCUGCAAUCAGCACAGGCCCUGAUUGGACUUGGGCAGGUGAGCGCGGUGCACUUUAAUCAUGAGGCCAGUACAUGCCAGAUCGCCCCCUCUGUUUUGGUGUGUGACUGUGUGAUGGCAGAGGGAGGGCGGUCCGUGUUUCUGUGCGGAUGCGUUCCGCAGAAGUUUUCGCCCGAAUUACAAAUAA